AAUUCGUGUGGGAUUCAGAUGCAAAAACGUGGUCACCAAGGAAACAAGGAUUCAGCAUAGGAAGAAUAGCAAACAUUCAUCCAACAGCAGGAGAUUUAUAUUAUUUGAGAAUGUUACUAAAUAUACUCAAAGGUCCGACAAGCUUUGAUGAUAUGAAAACAGUUGACAAUGUCAAACACAAGUCAUUCAAAGAAGCAUGUUAUGCAAGAGGAUUGUUGAAUGGUGAUUCAGAAUGGAAAGAGGCUAUGGAUGAAGCAGCACAAUAUGCAUAUCCUUUCCAGCUUCGCCAUCUUUUUGUGACAUUGUUACUCUACUGCGAAUUAAGUAGUCCUCUUAUUCUAUGGGAGCAUUGUUGGCGUCACUUAGCUGAAGACAUAGCCCAUAAACAGAGACAGACAUUCAACUUCGAGGCCCAACAAUUCACAGAUGAAGAGCUACAAAGCUAUACACUUAUAGAAAUAGAGAGGAUUCUAGCGCAAAAUGAUAAAUCACUAACCGAUUUUGACGACAUGCCAAAGCCAGACAGUGAAUUGUUGAAGAAAAUGAAAAAUUCAAUGCUCAGAGAUGAAACGACUUACAAUAUGCUUGAACAAGAAGAAGAGCAUAGAAAGUUAAUACAAACAUUAAAUGAGGAGCAGAAGAAAGUAUAUGAAGCUGUUAUUGACUCGGUUAACUGUAUGAAAGGGAAAUUAUUUUUUCUCAAUGGACCAGGAGGGACAGGAAAAACCUAUGUCUAUAAGACAAUCAUCUCAAGGUUAAGAUCACAAAGAAAAAUUGUACUACCAGUGGCAUCAUCUGGAAUUGCAGCUACACUUUUACCUAAUGGUAGAACAGCACAUUCGCGUUUCAAGAUUCCGAUAGAUCUUCACCAAGACAGUAUGUGCAACAUUAGUCGUGGUACCAUGCUUUCUGAAUUACUUGAAAAAACUGAUCUCAUCAUCUGGGAUGAAGCACCUAUGUGCCAUCGAUUUGUUUUUGAAGCUCUUGAUAGGACUUUGCGAGAUAUACUCUCUGUGGCAGAUCCAGAUGCAGCAACAAAGCCCUUUGGAGGGAAAACAGUACUCCUUGGUGGUGAUUUUAGACAAAUUCUGCCAGUCAUUCCACAAGGCACAAGGCAACAAACUGUUAUGGCAACAAUCAACCGUUCAUAUUUAUGGAAUUACUGCUCUAUAUUCACUCUUGAGAAAAAUAUGAGGUUGCACCAAGCUGAGAAAGAUUUUGCUAAAUGGCUAUUAGGUAUCGGUGAUGGUACAACACCUACACCACCAAAAUACAGAACCUCGAAUGAAGAAAUCAGCAUAGUUGAAAUAGACAACAGUCUGCUCUUGAAAAACAAUGGAGAUCCUGUGGAAUGCAUUACAAAGUCUACAUAUCAAGAUUUCCAAGUUCACUUUAAAGAUAAGAAUUAUCUCAUCGAAAGAGCAAUACUUACUCCAAGGAACGAAACUGUGGACGAAGUGAAUAACUACAUGAUAUCUUGCUUAGACGGAGAGCAGAAGGAAUAUUUGAGUUCUGAUAGUAUUGGCGACGACAAAGAAAAAGUGGCAAAUCAGCAUAUUCUAUACCCCACUGAUUUUUUAAAUACGUUGAAAUUUUCAGGGAUUCCAAAUCACAAACUUGAUCUCAAAAUAGGUGUUCCAGUCAUGCUACUAAGAAAUUUAAACCAACGGGAAGGACUUUGCAAUGGUACAAGGUUGCUAAUAACUCGCCUAGGAAACAGGAUUAUUGAAGCAGAAAUUCUUACCGGAACUUAUGUAGGAAAACGGGUUCUUAUUCCUAGAAUAUGUCUCACACCAACAGAUGCAAGAUGGCCUUUCAAGCUGAAACGACGUCAGUUCCCGGUACGAGUAUGCUAUGCAAUGACUAUCAACAAGAGCCAAGGUCAAAGCUUAAACAAAGUUGGUCUAUAUUUGCCAAGUCCAGUCUUCUCUCACGGACAACUGUAUGUCGCCCUAUCAAGAGUCACUACAACUGCAGGGCUUAAAAUUCUUAAAGUAGAGACAAAACAUGAUGACAAUAGAGUUCUACAAAAUAUUGUAUAUCAAGAAGUUUUCAAUAAUAUAUGAAAUACUUAGAAAGAGGUCAAAC